UCCAUGUGCCAUCUAUAGAUUCAUGCACUCACUCCUUGGUUGCAUCACAAAAUACACACCAAACAAUACAGUAGUACACAAAGGGAAGAACCGAAGCAAGAAAGCCAUGGCGCUUGCGAGAGCAGUACUCUCUCCGCUCGUCUUCCCCCUGCUCCUGCUCGCCGCCGCAACAUUCGACGCUUCCAUCCUGGAGGACACCUGCAAGUCGCUGGCCGCCAACCACACGGCCAUCGACUGCUCCUACUGCAUCAGGUUCUUCCAGGGCAGCAAGGAGAGCGCCGCCGCCGCGGACAUGCACGGCCUCGCCGCCAUCGCCGUGAAGAUCAUUGGCGAGGCCGCCGCGCCCACCACCAGGCGCAUCGCCGCCUUGCAGGCCUCGGAGAAGGACGCGAAGACGCGGGAGUGCCUCCGCCUGUCCUCCGAUCUGUACGCCUACAUGCUCGCCCUGCUCGACGACGAGGCGAAGGGUCUCGCCUCAGGUGACGCCGCCAAGAGUAGCCAGAGCUCGCAGCAGCAUGCGUUGCCGCCGGUUCCCGACGUCGCGCGGUACGAAGCGGACGCCUGCGAGGACAGGUUUCGCGGGAACAAGGAGAGCCUGCCGCUGGUUGCGGAGUACGACGAGUUUAGGCAGAGUGCAUCCAUCGCUCUCGCGUUAUUAGAGGCGAUCUCACCGCCCAGUGACUGAAUAUGUUUACUCUGGGAUUUUGUAUGACAAAGAGUGUCAUAGAUGAAUAAACAUGGCAACUUUUAUUUUUCUAGAGACAAAUCCUGAGCUCCAGAUAGAUGGAUGUUAUGGACUAACUGGAUCUCUACAAAAUUCGCUUAUUAUAAUUUUUGUUCACAUGAUUGUGUGGUGACUCAUAAGAUUGGGCGAUGAAAGUAUUAUGCCUGUAGUACUUUGGA